AUGGCGGUAGAAGAUAAUCCUAAGCCAGUUGUUACUGAAGAAGCAAACCCUAAUUCUUCAAUUGAGAAUCCGAUUGAUCGAUACCAUGAGGAAGGUGAUGAUACCGAGGAAGGAGAGAUCGUCGGUGGAGGAGAAGGAGAAGGAGACGAAUCGAACAAAUCCGCCGUUCCUGAAUCGCAUCCAUUGGAACACUCAUGGACUUUCUGGUUCGAUAAUCCUUCUGUUAAAUUGAAGCAAACCACUUGGGGAAGCUCUUUGCGAUCUGUGUUCACUUUCUCUACUGUUGAGGAAUUCUGGAGUUUGUACAAUAACAUGAGGCAUCCGAGCAAGUUAGCACUCGGAGCUGAUUUCUACUGUUUCAAACACAAUAUUGAACCUAAGUGGGAGGAUCCUAUUUGUGCAAACGGAGGCAAAUGGACUAUGACUUUCCCUAAGGAGAAGUCUGAUAAGUGCUGGCUCUACACCUUGCUUGCAUUGAUUGGAGAACAGUUUGAUCACGGAGAUGAAAUAUGUGGAGCUGUUGUUAACAUUAGAAAGCAAGAAAGGAUAUCCAUUUGGACUAAGAACGCUUCCAACGAAGCUGCUCAGGUGAGCAUUGGGAAACAAUGGAAGGAGUUUCUUGAUUACAACAACAACAUUGGUUUCAUCAUCCAUGAGGAUGCAAUGAAGCUCGAUAGAAACGCCAAGAACGCUUACACCGCUUAA